GAGACCAGUCUUUGCGCGUCUAACCGCUGGUAAGGAGCCGGCAUGCUUCUCCUGACGGUCAACUUUGGUGUCCUCCCAAGAAAUAUUGCAGUUGAGUUGAAUUUUUAGAUUUUCCGCUGUCAAGAUCCUCCAUUUGUCAGAAGGACAAUUCCUGAAGACUUUCAACAUGCAAAUUGAAGUAGCUUCCUCAAUAUUACAUUGGUGAUGUACAAGACAAAGUAAAAAGAAAAGGCAGUUUCUUUAAGGAGGUUCGGAACACUGCUAAUGUGGAAUCGCCACGAAAUAUUUAACUAUUAAAUCUGAGCACUUCCCAACUUCCAGUUUAAAAGAUGUAUGACGAAGAUUACAUCAACAUCGAGGCUGAAAUUGUCGAGCCAGCGGAGCAGGACUUUAUUCCAGUUACACCGAAUGCUUUUCAAAUGUUGAAUGAUACAGCACAAUUCUGCUCUACCAACUUUACCACAAACCUCACAAUAUGCAAUGGCACGGAAAUUUUCAUGAAGACCGAUUAUUCUUCUAUAGAACGUGUGGUCGCCAUCGUAGUGCCAAUCCUAUUUGGCAUUAUCGUAAUUGUAGGUCUUAUAGGGAAUACAUUAGUGGUCAUUGUCGUGGCUUGCAAUCCACAAAUGCGAUCGACAACAAAUGUUCUGAUUAUUAAUUUGGCAGUUGCUGAUCUCCUCUUCAUAAUGUUUUGCGUGCCGUUCACGGCUUUUGAUUACGCUCUUCCCUAUUGGCCAUUUGGCGAUAUUUGGUGCAGAGUCGUUCAAUACCUUGUUAUUGUAUGUGCGUAUGCAAGCAUCUACACGCUUGUUCUGAUGUCUUUGGAUCGCUUUCUGGCUGUGGUUCACCCCAUUACAUCCAUGUCCAUUCGCACUGUUCAGAAUGCCUGCAUCGCCAUCGGUGUCAUGUGGGCUGUCAUAGUGCUUGCUUGCAUACCAGCUCUCCAAUCUCAUGGUCAGAUUUAUUACACCUAUCAAAACAUAGAGUAUUCCGUUUGCAUGUUCUUGUCCACAGAAGGAUACAACUAUGCGGCGUAUCAGAUUUGCUUUUUCCUCUCAUCUUACAUCGUUCCAUUGAGUCUGAUAUUUGUUUUGUAUGUCCUGAUGUUGAAGCGAUUGUGGUUUGGCGUUGCGCCUGGUGGCAGAGUCAGUGCAGAAAGUUUGAAAUCAAAGAAGCGCGUAACCAGGAUGGUGGUCAUCGUUGUUGUAAUAUUUGCUGUUUGCUGGUGUCCCAUACAAAUUGUUUUGGUGCUGAAAAGUGUGAAUUCUUACGGGAUAACUCCAAUUCGAAUUGUGAUUCAAAUAUCUGCUCACAUAUUGGCUUACAUGAAUUCAUGCGUAAACCCAAUUUUGUAUGCUUUUCUUUCGGAUAAUUUUAGAAAAGCAUUCCACAAAGUAAUUGCUUGCCACAAGAAGCAGUCAGCUUUGCCAAAUCGAAAUAACCAAGAAAACAGAACUGAACGUGAAACUACGCUCAACAAUGGCACUUCUAAGCUAACAGGAAAUAAUACUUCCAAUGAUAUUAUGUAAUUUUUUUUUCAUCUGAUUUAUUCCACUUUCUUUCUGAAAAAGUUAUUGCUUUAAUUUUUGUUCUAAAAACUGGAUGGAAUUCUAUAUUUUAUGAAAAAGGCAAUGCCUUGUAGAAAAUUAUCUUCUAUUGUGAGCAAGAAACCUUCAGUGAUUAUUAAUUUUUUGAUCUACGCGCUUCAGAAAUAUCUGGGCGAUGUUCAUGAUGGUGCAUUUAAGGUGCUUUUGUUGCAGUGACUUAUUGAUUCACUUUUAAUGACAUAAUUCCAAUGACAUGACUAAUUUUAAUGACUAUGUUAUUCAUUUUUACUUCAAAGGGACUGUGUCUUUGACAAGCUAGAUAUAUUUAAGUUCGACACAUGGAAUACAGAAACGUUGGAUGUAUUUGCUUCGAUAUAAACUUUCUUACUAUUGCUCUUUAAGGAACAAUAUCAUUACAGGCAUGCAAAGAAAGCAUUGGCAUUGAAUUCCGAAAUGACAUUCUACUACACAUCUGGCAACAUCGUCAUUUGUAGUUAUAUUCAGCACAAUACGUAUGAUUUCUCUUGUGUCGUGUGUGAUUUCAGUCAUUGUUCUACAUGUGAAUUUUAUGGAAUCAAUGAAUUUAAGUUGAAGAUUAUAUCCUCACUUGUUAUAAAUCUAAAUUUCAAAGGGUGUUUCUGGACUUCUGAAACAGAAGAUGAAACAAAAUACUUCUUGUCCUGUAGUUUUUCUUUGUUUAAGUUCUCAUUAGUAAAGCAGUGAAAAGGAAGGUAAAAUUAAGGACGAAAAGACGUUAAGCUGUUUCAUGAACUUAAACGUGUGUUCAAAUAUUGAUGUGUGUUUGGACAACUGAAGCUCAUUAUUUUAAUUUUUUAUAUGCAGAAUGGUUAUUUAUUAUUAUUCAUUAUAUUCUCUUCGUUACUGAGUGACUAUAUAUCAGAUGUCAGUGCUUUUAUUUUUCGUCUAGAAUCUAUUGAUGUUUAUCGGUGAAAUAUAACUGAAGCUCAAGCAAAUAUUACUUUAAUGUUAUCUCUUGUGUAUAUCAUAUAUACACUAUUGUCUUGUAUUUUGAAUAUAUUACUCAUCAUUUAUAGUGUGCACAUGUCACAAAUAAUUGUAUAUGAUGUAUUUUUGUGAUUAAUGUCCUUUUUGUGAUAUCCAGUACUGCAUAGAUAUCUUAUAAAUACACAGUAAAUAUAUAUAUAUAUAUGUGUGUGUGUAACUAACUACAUGCGGAAAUCCUUGUACAUAAUUUUUGUAGUUCUGCACGUUAUUGUUUU